AUGAACACCCAAAUGUCGAAUGAAUUUUCAUUUUUUCCUCCUGCUCAUGGAAGCCAAAGAAAGUCAGUCAGCCACGAAUUGUAUCAGUUUAUUAAUCAUAGAUCAAGUUUAUCGUCCCAAAGAAGAGAAAAUUUAUCCAUCAGCACUUUAAAAGCUGCCUCAACAAUCCCAUCAAAGUCAAAUAUUAAUGCCAGAUCGCUCUCCUCCAUAAUCCCGAAAAAGUCAAACUCUACGCUUAUUCUGAACAGGAACAAAAUUCUAGCAAGAAAUCUUAAACACUUAACACAGAAGCUCUUCCCUUUAAAAGAAGAAGAAGCCAAGGAAUUCAAAUAUUUUCAUCAGACUUAUGAUUUCAGAACGAAAACAGGGACCCUCGGCCUUUUGAGCAAGUCACAUAACCAAGAUUCCUAUUUUUGUUUUUCUAAAUUCCAAGGCAAGGAGUCACAAAGUUUGUAUGGGGUGUGUGAUGGCCAUGGGCUUCAUGGCCAUAUCAUCUCUGCUGAAAUCAAAGAAAAAUUCCCAGAAAUUUUAAAUAAAAGGCUCAACUACAGAGCUCAAGAAGGCCCAGCUCUGAGCAUGAAAAAAUGUAUUAUUAAGUUGCACAAGGAGCUGGUGCUUAAUAAAAAUAUUAACACUGAUUUUUCUGGAAGUACCUUGGUGUCUGUCUUAAUUAUAGGAAAACUUUUGACUUGUGCUUCAGUUGGAGAUAGCCGGGCUGUUUUAGGAAGGAAAACAGACAAAAGAUUUGUGGCUAUUCCGCUGUCGAAAGACCAUAAGCCAGAUAACCUGACUGAAAGGAAGCGAAUUGAAAGUUUUGGAGGAAGAGUUGAUACUCUGUACACACACCGAGGAAGCAGUGUAGGGCCUUUAAGAGUAUGGAUUGGCAACCAAGAUACUCCAGGACUUGCAAUGUCAAGAUCUAUCGGAGAUCGAUUUGCAACCGAAGUGGGCGUUAUCCCUGACCCUGAUAUACGGGAUCAUAAAUAAAAUGGCAUCUCGGCCCAGGCAUCGCCUCCUAGCAAUGCAAUUUCGAGUACAUUUUAUUUAUAUCUAUUAAGGUUUUGCUAACUCAGAAAUGGGAAGACGCAAUUCUGGUAAUGAAACAGAGUCUAGACCUAGUGUUUUCAGGAUUGGAUUUACAUAGAGAGAAAAGGUGGGUUCAGAGAUGGAAAGGGAAAUCGAGCAGCGUUUGCAGGCAAUGCCUAGACCAUUCAGACAUAUUAGCUUUAAACUGGGAGUUAUGCCCCAGGAUUUGAAUUUUUUCUUUAGCUGAAAGUUGACCAGAAAUAAUUUUUUUGGGAUUUUUUGCGGAUAACCUUCGCUCAACCCAAGCAUUAUGCUGCAGAAUUCACAGCCUUCCACUCAAUACUGGAGCCGACAAGCCAAGGAGGACAAAAACCUAAUUCACAGGUGCCAUGGCGUCAGACGGUGUAGAAGAGGAAAUUUGUGUUCGCCCAGUUAGUCAUCUUAUUCAAGCCAGUUCUCCCUGUCGACUUUGCAAAGUCGGUAAAUCCCCUGGAGGAUCCUUGAUGACUGUGUUACCAAUAGGCAUAAGUCAAUCUGUAUUUAAGUUUAAAAUUCUGAUAUGCGGCAAUUUGAAUUAACAAAAGACGAUAAGUUCAUAAUACUUGCCUCAGAUGGGCUGUGAGACGUGAUGUCUAACGAAGAAGCAGUUUCUCUCUGCAAGGUUGGCUGAGAGUUUGGGUAUCCCCAGUCAGCAUGCGAUUCUCUUUUAAAAGAAGCCAACAAGAGAUGGAGUGAAAGAAACAGCAACAACGACGACAUUACAGUAAUCGUCAUAUUCUUAAAGACUGCUUAG